UUGACAGUUCAGCUGUGAACAACUUUUUUUACCGUAGUUUGACACAGCUCCUGACAUUUUUACAUAAUAUUCUUCCUAAAGGGCCGGAAGCUACAAACGAUGUCACUAACACAAGUUGUACGUAGUUGCAGUCGAUUUGCUGCUACAGCAAACACACUGCGUGUGACUGCCGCAGUUUCAUCCGCUGUCCAGCCACAACUGCGUAUGAUGCACAGGAUUAACGUCAACACACCUGCCAUGAGCAUUUUGCUGCAGCAAAACAAAUCUGCCUGGCAAUCACAAUCGGUGCGAAACUAUUCUGCAAAGCCGCCACUUACACUUAAAUUGAUCAGCGAACGUGUCUUGCUCGUACUGAAACUCUAUGACAAGGUUGAUCCUAGCAAGCUCAGCGUGGACUCGCAUUUCAUUAAUGAUCUUGGUCUCGACUCACUGGACCAUGUUGAGGUGAUUAUGGCGAUGGAAGACGAAUUUGGUUUCGAAAUUCCCGAUUCAGAUGCCGAAAAGUUGCUUAAGCCUGCCGACAUAAUAAAAUAUGUUGCCGACAAGGAAGACAUAUAUGAUUAAGCAGUUAAAAUAUUAGACCUGUAAAGGAUAGUAAUACACACAAGUGAAAUGUAAUUUGAUUGGCCACACGAAAUACGUGUAAUUUACUUUUACUGUUAAACCAAAUACAAACUAAAAGAAUAAAA